AUGUCUUGGUUGCAGGAACUGGCUCAGAUGCAGACAAUCAGCCGGGACCUGUCCGUGGUGGUGUCCAUGGACAACAACCGGCACCUGGACCUGGACAGCAUCAUCGAGGAGGUCAGGCGCCAGUACGAGCAGAUUGCGCAGAGCAGCAGAGCGGAGGCUGAGGCUUGGUACCAGAGCCAGUAUGAAGAGCUGCAGAGCACAGCUGGAAGGCAUGGGGACAGCCUCCGCAACACCAAGAUAGAGAUCCAAGAGCUGACCAGGAACGUCCAGAGGCUGCGGGCUGAGAUUGAGAACGUGAAGAAGCAGAACUGCCAGCUGCAGUCAGCUAUUGCUGAGGCUGAGGAGAGGGGUGAGCUGGCCCUUAAGGAUGCCAGGAGAAAACUGGAAGAGCUGGAAUGUGCCUUGAGCAAAGACAAGGAGGAGCUGGCUCGCUUGCUGAAGGAGGAACAGGAUCGCUUGCUGAAGGAGUACCAGGAGCUGCUGAACAUCAAGAUUGCCCUGGACGUUGAGAUUGCCAUGUACAGGAAGCUUCUGGAGGGAGAGGAGAACAGGCUCUGUGGAGAUAACCUGUCCAACGUAAAUGUCUCUGUGGUGGGCAGAACCACGGUUUCUGGAGGCAGAGCUGGUGGCUUUGGACCCAGCGGUGGCAUAGGAGGAGGAGUAUGUGCCGUUGGAGGAGGAAGCAUCGUUGGAGGCAGUUGUGGUGUGGGAGGAGGAAUACUGAGUGGUGGCUUCUCUUCUGGAAGUGGAAGAGUGUGCAGCUCUGGAGGUGGCAGCUUCAUUGCCGGCGGUGGAUCCUCCUCAGUGCGGAGAUGUGUCACGACCACAACGGUCAAAUCUUCAGGUGUAAAAUACUGA